AUGACCUUCAAUGACAAUGGUGAUAUCAGUCAUAUUGAUCGCGCCAAAGACAUCACUACGAACACUUUGCAUGAGCCUAGAGGGAAUAAUGGAGCUAUGAAUGGGCACAACCAGCCACCUAUGAAUACAUUUGGUCGAGGCCAAUAUGGUAAUAUCGGUGGUGCAAGCAGCAACAGAGGUCCUGCUCUUUCUGACGGUGGUGGUGGUGGUGGACGUGACGCAUUCACUGACUCGGCUUUCAAGGGCAACCCAGCUGCUGUCUGUUUAUUAGAAGAAGCUGUAAAGGAUGAAAAAUGGCUUCAAGCUGUGGCAGCUGAGUUCAAUAUGUCCGAGACUACCGAUGUUUCCGUCACUUCCAAUCCCAGGUUCCGUCUUAGAUGGUUCACUCCUGUUGCCGAGGUCAACACUUCUUUUGGCCUUUUGGUUAAGCUUUGUGGUCAUGCAACAUUAGCUGCUUCACACGCACUAUUUUCAAAUGGCUUGGUACAUUCUAACAUCAUUGAGUUUGACACGCUGUCAGGCAUUCUGACUGCUAAGAAAGUUCCUCAAAGUAUCAAACCUGAGUGUGUCUCAAAUGGUGAAGCAAAAGAGAGUUUUCUCAUUGAAUUGGAUUUCCCAAUUGUCCGAACAACUGAAUUCUCCAUGGACGCUGUAUCGAUUUCUAAGGCACUGGAUUCUGCUCCAAUAAUUGAUCUCAAAAGGACUACCACCUCUGAUGUCCACUUCGGGGUAAUUGUUUCUGGAGUUGCUCCACCAGAGUCUGGAUUCGAUUUUUAUAGUCGUUUCUUCUGCCCAAAAUUUGGGAUUAAUGAGGAUCCUGUCUGUGGGAGCGCACAUUGCGCGUUAGCACCUUACUGGAGCAAAAAGCUUGGAAAGUGUGAUUUAAUGGCAUAUCAAGCAUCUCCUAGAAGUGGGAUAUUGGACAUCCAUUUAGAUGAUCAGAACCAGAGAGUGUUGCUGCGAGGGAAAGCUGUUACCGUGAUGGAAGGCUUUCUACUGGUGUGCACUGACACAGAUGCAAACGAGAGGAAGGUGACAGUCUCAAGUACAGUAGACCCUCAUCUACUUGUAGAAGAGUUUGCAAGGAUUGGGAAGAAAGCACAUUUUCUGUGGGUACCAAGACCUUUCUUGAUGAACCAAAAUAAAGCUGAUGACAGAGGAUCAGGAUCAGCUGGCUCAAGUCAACUGCAAAAAUUCGCUGAGAAGAAAAGGAUGAAACUUUUGGAGCUAAACCAAACCAACAUAAAGAUGACCGUCAAUGACAAUGGUGAUAUCAGUCAUAUCGAUCGUGCCACAAACGUCACUACAAACAAUUUGCAUGAGCCUAGAGGGAAUAAUGGAGCUAUGAAUUGGCACAACCAGCCACCUAUGAAUACAUCUGUUAAGGCCAAUAUGGUAAUAUCGGUGGUGCAAGCAGCAGCGGAGGUCCUGCUCCCUAUGGUGGUGGUGGUGGUGGAUGUGGUCCAACAAUAA